UCUAUUUUUCAAAAAUUCGCCGACUCCUGUAAUAUGAUGUACGAGCCUGACAGGUUAAAUUGUUAUUUUUUCAAGUAUUUAUUAUUACUACUGUUAGUUUUAAGCACGACCAAGUCUGGUUCUUCUGGUGGAGUUGAACCGUUCGUCGACAACAUGUAUAAAUCUGGCUUGCAUUCCAUUGCUUAUGUCACCGCCCCGUCGAUUGAUAUAGCAAAGAAAUUAGCUCACGGUGUCAUUGCGCAAAAGUUAGCAGCUUGUGUCAACAUAGUGCCUUCCGUAACGUCGAUUUACGAAUGGGACGGAAAAGUUAACGAAGAUCCUGAAACUUUAAUGAUAAUCAAAACUAGAACUUCGCGAGUAGACGAUCUCACUGAAUACAUAAAAUCGGUUCAUCCCUAUGAAGUGUGUGAAGUAAUUUCAACCAAAAUAGAAAAUGGAAAUCCACCCUACUUAGAUUGGAUAUCAAAAACGGUUCCAGAAACAAAAUCAUAGUUAUUAAAACUCAAUAAAUAUGUAUUUUUUUUUCUCUAAUUAAGUAUGCCAACAUAUUAACCUAUUCAUUUUUUGUUAAAAUAAUAUAAAUAUACAAGCCUACAUUUAAGUUAUCUAAUUUUAAUUAAAUGUUCUUUUUUUUUUUGUAUAAUAAGAUAAGAAUCAGAGUAAUUAUGUCAGAAGGGCUAUAAACGUCGUUGAGUUUUUUUAUGACGCUGAGAGAGUCAAUAAAAAAAGGAGGCUUUCUUGAUAUUAUUUUCUAUAAUAUAAAGAUAUAUAGAGAUUUUUUCUGCUGUAUACAUUAAUGUAAAAUAGGUUAGGUAUUUCACUUUAUUUUGUGUUAGGUUUGGUUAUGUUAGUUGCCAUUGUUACUAUAAUAGGCUAUAUCGUGUCAACAACAAAGUUCAAUUAUUUUCAUACACCUGUUGGAUGUUAAACCUCAGUAUUUUGAGAAAACUGUUUAUUAUGUUAUGGCCCUAUUCAAGAUCUACCUCAAGCUUUUAGAAUUAAGUACAUAAAAAAAAGCGCAAUAAAGAAAAGUUUCCACCCCUUCUGAGGUUGUCUAUGUUUAUGCUGGCUAUGUAACUAAUAUAAAUAUUUUUAAGAAAGUUUUAGCAGUAUAAAGUUUACAAUUUUAGGCAAUACUGAAUUUAAAAAGUGUUAACUUGCUUAUAAUUUAGAAUAAUAAGAUUUUAUUUAAGGUAUUC